AUGGCGAGCGACGUGCACACUGAUGGCACUGUAAUCACUUGUGAAAGCAGUCAUAAUCCUGCUAAACGUCGUAUUCGUAGUCCUGUUUGGGAUUAUUUUGAGAAACUAGACAAGGAUGGAGAUUUAAAGUGUUCAUUAUGCAAAAAGAUUGUGAAGCAUCUCAGUAACACUUCAAACCUGGCAAAGCACCUUAUGGUUAACCAUCCAGCUGAAUAUAAAAUCCUUGAAAAUCGAAGAAUUCAGCAAGAGGAAGAAAAUAAGAAAAAGCGUAAAGUGUCUGUCCAACCCACACUUCAAGAAGCAUUUGGCAGAGGUCAGAAAUAUGCUUCAUCUAAUGUGCAUCAGAAAAAGCUUGAUGAAGCUCUUGUAGAGAUGAUAGCAACUGAUAUGCAACCCAGUACUGUUGUGGAAGACAAGGGAUUUAAUAAGUUUGUUCAUUUAUUGGAUCCAAAAUAUCAGUUGCCCAGCCGAAGAAAUCUGAUAAAAAAAAUCCCUCUUAAAUAUGAUGAUGUUGUGAGGAAAGUGAAGGAUGAGCUACACAAUGCAUCAGCUGUUUGCUUAACUACUGAUAUAUGGACAUCUAGAAGCAGCCAGGGUUACAUGACUGUGACCUGCCAUUUUAUUGAUCAGUCUUGGCAAAUGAAAGCCUUUGUACUGGAAACUUUUCAUCUUAAUGUCAGUCACACUGCACAAAAUAUUGCUGCUGAGUUGAUCAGAAUUGCCAGUGAAUGGGAUGUGUCAGAAAAAGUCAUUGCAUUAGUGACUGAUAGUGCAGCAAAUGCGGUGGUUGCUGCCAGGCUUACAGGUUGGAAGCACAUCCCGUGUUUUGCACACACCCUUAAUUUGAUUGCCAAGGGUGCUCCUGAAUCUGAUCCGCAAGUGUCUGCUCUGAAGACAAAAUGUAAAAAUAUUGUCACAUUUUUCCACCACAGUUGUAAAGCCUCCAACAAGUUGAAUGAGAUUCAGAAACAACUGGGAGUGCCAGAAAAGAAGCUGAUCCAAGAUGUGGAUACACGGUGGAAUUCUACAUUUUAUAUGUUAGAAAGAAUCAUUGAGCAGCAUGACGCAGUUACCACUACCCUCUGUCUUAGCAGCAAGAGUGAGAUGUGUCUUUCAGGAGAUGAUCUAGAGCUACUUAAGAAGGCAGUUGAAAUUUUGAGACCUUUUGAAGCCGCAACAACAGAGAUGAGCGCUGAUAAGUUUGUGUCUGUUUCAAAAAUAAUCCCAAUGUCAAGAUCCCUGCAACUACUAACAUUAAAGAGUCCUUUGGAAAUUCCUUUGAAGCAAGGAUUGAUUGCUCAAAUGCAGCGUCGCUUUAUUGCGUUUCGAAAUCGUGGAGAAACACAAGGAGUCCAGUCAUUAGUUCAGGAAUUAGCAAAUUUAGCAUCAUCAGAAGAACAUCAAGAAGAUAUGUCAGGUGAAGCUGCUACACCAAAGCCAACCACUAGCACUAAUGUAUUAUGGCAGGAAUUCGAUUUGCGAGUAUCAAAUUCAUCAAAUGAGAGAAAUGUCAGAGCUGAUGCUACAUUAGAAAGUACACAAUAUUUUGAUGAAACAUUAGUCAAAAGAGAAAAUAGCCCACUGAACUGGUGGCUUGAAAAUAACAAGUAUUACCCAAAUUUGAACAAGUUGGCGAAAAAAUACUUGUGCAUAACAGCUACAUCUGUCCCCUCCGAAAGACUCUUUUUAAAAGCUGGAGAGUUGGUUUCACAUAAGCGAAGUUGUUUGAAACCUAAGAAUGUGGUGAUGUUGUAG